UGGGCUUGAGAGCCGAGAGGACUACAUUUCCCAUCCUGCAUCACGAGAGACCGCUGGCCAGCCCAUGCGCCUCCCUCUUUGCGCGCCCUGCGAGCCCAGGAAGCGUCGUGCGUAAAAGCAGAGCGCGCUGCUGCUCCUGCUGCUGCUUUUGGAGAGAUCUCAAAAUCAUGGCUGAACCAAAGAUGAAGCGCAUUUUGGUGACCGGUGGUUCAGGUCUUGUGGGCAAAGCCAUUGAGAAAGUGGUAGCGGAUGGGGAAGGCCGGCCAGACGAGGAGUGGAUUUUCGUGUCCUCCAAAGACGCUGACUUAACGAAUGCUGCAGAGACCAAAGCGCUCUUUGAGAAACACAAGCCCACCCACGUCAUUCACUUGGCUGCCAUGGUGGGAGGCCUCUUCCGGAACAUCAAGUACAACCUGGACUUCUGGCGAAGGAACGUUCACAUCAAUGACAACGUCUUGCACUCCGCAUAUGAGUCUGGAGUUCGGAAAGUUGUCUCCUGCCUUUCCACUUGCAUCUUCCCUGACAAGACCACCUACCCAAUCGAUGAAACCAUGAUCCACAAUGGUCCCCCGCACAGCUCAAACUUUGGCUAUUCCUAUGCAAAGAGGAUGAUUGAUGUUCAGAACAGGGGCUACUUCGAACAGUUUGGUUGCCGCUUCACGGCCGUCAUCCCAACCAACGUCUUUGGGCCUCACGACAACUACAACAUCGAGGACGGCCACGUCUUACCAGGACUCAUCCACAAAGUGUACUUGGCAAAGAAAAACGGCACGGCUCUUACUGUCUGGGGGACAGGGAAGCCCAGGAGGCAGUUCAUUUACUCUCUGGACUUGGCGCGCCUCUUCCUCUGGGUAUUAAGGGAAUAUGACGAAGUCGAACCCAUCAUUUUGUCUGUUGGCGAAGAAGACGAGGUCUCCAUACGGGAAGCGGCGGACAGCAUCGUGAGAGCCAUGGACUUCAAGGGAGAGCUCCUUUUUGACACAACAAAGUCAGACGGACAGUUCAAGAAAACAGCCAGCAACAAGAAGCUGAAGGGAUACCUCCUGGAUUUCAAAUUCACGCCUUUUGAGCGAGCUGUGAAGGAAACCUGCGACUGGUUUUGUUCCAACUACGACGUCGCCCGGAAAUGACGAGGGACGAAGCCGCUGUGACUUUCUGAAAUUUCUCACCGAGACUCAGGUUGUCUUUCACUGAAGCGAACAACGGAGAAUUUAAAAAGGACUGUUUGGGGUAUUGGGACACAGUAGGCUUCAAGGAAGACUAUUUCUCUUUCCAAAAGCAGGUGUAGAUCUGUGAAAAUUUAUUUAUAAAGCACGACUUUGUAGCUGGGUGGCGGGGCUUCUGUUUCUUUCCUAGAAACUAUGACUCGAAAGAGCUGUUUUUAGGAAAUCUUGCAAAGGGAUGAAGUUGAGUUGAGCAAGGAACCAACCCAACUGGUUCUACUACUUGUUUACACGUCAAAUAGUCACGCCUUUCUUAGCGUUCUUUCCACAGUAAGGGAUUGUUUUGCCUCAAAUUGUCUACUUUUGGGGAGAUUCCACUCACCUGAAGCCAAAGCAAGGAGAGGAAACUCUUUUCUCUAAAGCUGCUGGCAAUUAAAUUAGCAUUAAAGGAGAGAAAAUACAAAAUGGGCAUCAUAUAGAGUUCUUGUUGCCAGGCAGAACAGAGCUUGGGAGGAUUGCUUUGGGUACUACAACUCCCAGAAUCCCCCAGCACAUAUAGCCACUUGUUGGGAGUUGUAGUCUGAAAAGCAGCAUUGUUCCCAAGUUUGAGAGCAAAACGGAGAAGAAAGAGGGUCAGUUACCUUUUCCAUAAGGUACAAAACUCAGGGAGAAAGUAGAUGCAUUAUAUACAGAAAUUCCCAGCUUUGAGACCCAAUGACAUCUGGCAGACAGUACAGGGUGACAAAGACAAGGACAAACAGAAGAUCGUAGCCUGCAAAGGAGGCAUUCACUCUGAACCAGCAAUGAGUGGUUUGUAAUCACAGGAUUAUAGUUUUGGGCUUGUAAAGUUACAGGAAUGUUUGUAACUGUAAAGGCGAAUUCUCAAGUUCGCAUUGAUGGUCUUAACGUCGUCCACAAAGCUACCUGUCACAGGUAACAUAUCUACUUCAAAGAGGAAAAGCACAGGUAUUAUUCCAUUCAAUAAGCAAGUUGCUUAAUUUUCCCCCUUGUUGCAACUCAGCAAAUGAAUUGAUUGUAAACCAAAUUCAAUAAAUAUCUCUGUUCUUA